UGAUCAAAGAUCAAUGCAUCAUUAUGUGGAAGGCGAGCUCCAUCUAUUAUGAAAGGCCCCAAUCUGACUUUUUUCCGUUCUCAAAUUCGCCACUAAGAUUUCCAGAUUCAUCAGGUUUGGACAUACUGCUGGAUGAUGAUUCAGGGGCUAGGAACUCUAUGGGCAUGGUGACGUCCAUUAUGUCCACAGAUAGAUGAUCCCGCUGUGAUUGUGUAAAGCACAAGGUUUAGCGAAAGAAUAAACCAUUUAAAGGAUAAACAUUUUCGUUUUGGUUAAAAGGACAGAGAGCCAGCGAUAUGGAUUUCAUCCAUUUGUUCUGGUUAACCUGUAUAUUAUUAGCAUCUGCAGCGGUGAAGGGUUCCGGCGGAGCAGAUGGAGUGGAUGCCAACGGGGAACCCUGUGACUACCAUGUAACGCCUGAUGGAUUACAAGCAAUUUGCACCCACCGUAACCUGACCGAGGUACCUACUGAUAUCGUGGAAGACAUCGCCAUGUUAGAUCUCUCACAUAACCAACUCACCAGAUUGGGAAACGCAUCUUUUAAUCGCCUUCCCCAUUUGAGGUUGCUGUCUCUUCGUUCCAACGAAAUGACUUCUAUCGAGACGGGUGUGUUUGAUUCUUUGCCCGAGCUCUAUAAAAUCACUCUCUCAAAUAACAACUUAACAUGUCUACCAACUGAUGUAUUCUCCCAUAAUCAAAAGCUGCAAAUCGUUGAUCUCUCGGUUAAUCAGUUUGUUAAUUUCCCCGGUAACGCGAUAAAUCAUGUACAAUCAUUAACUUUGCUUAAUAUGGAAAAGAACUCACUGUCACGUCUAGACUUUACAGGAUUUGAAAGCAGGAACAUAACUUUGCUCAACUUCAAGUAUAAUAACUUCUCGUCCUUUUCAGAAGACGACUUUCUGCCCCUCAGGAACGCAAAGAUUAAACAAUUUACACUGAAAAAAAACUUUCUCACGUCACUUCCGUACGGUUUGUUCCGCCAUCUCGAGGGGGUACAGGAGAUGAUUCUUACAAAUAAUCAGUUCCGCAAUUUCAGCUUAGGAUCUUUUCUGGGAAUGUCCUCCUUGAAAACCCUACGAUUGGCAGGCAACUUGAUUGCAGCCAUUGAGCCUCUCGCCCCUCUACCAAAUCAGACAAACGUGAUGCCAAGUUUAACGCUUCUGGACGUACAGGGUAACCGUAUCUCGUCAGUCCCUUCUCGGUCUUUCUGGGGUCUGGCCAACCUCAUCAGACUUGACAUCCACCAGAGUCGGAUAAAAACUGUACAGAAUGAUUCUUUUGAAGGACUAGAGUCACUGGAGAUUCUUGACCUCACUGGAAACCAUCUUAAGUACGUCAACAAAGAGACGUUUUUAGUCUGCCCGCGUCUCAAGUCAUUGAUAUUGCAGAGCAAUCCUUUCACGGGGUUGACUCCGGCGCAGUUUGCCGAUCUAGUAUCACUAGAAUCUCUUAAUCUAGCACGGUGUCAAAUAAACAAACUCUAUUUACAGCGGGGAGGAUGGAAUCUACCAAAUCUAAAAUUCCUAGACAUAUCAUAUAACCGACUUUAUCGUCUUGAAAAGUACUCGUUUUAUGGAAUGGCUAAUCUCACGACACUUAACAUAUCUUGUAACAACCAGUUGGCAACGAUUGAAAACGGGGCGUUUGUAUCUCUUGACCAUCUCCAGAGUCUUGGACUGUCUGGAUGUCUUUUAAGCCAGAUCCAUAGUCCUUUUGCCAAUCUAAAUGAACUCUCCAUUCUAGACAUGUCCUACACAUCCGUUGAGUUGAUGUAUGAACUCUUUACAGGGUUAAACAACCUUACGAGGUUGAAUAUGCGGGGGUCGGGGAUAGAUGAGAAAAGCCUUUGGAACUCACCUUCGAAUCCACCUUUGUUGUCAGCUCUAUCAACAUUAGAACGCCUCUACCUCAAAGGUAACCAACUGGACGGACUAAUACCGGGAACCUUUCGUGGUCUCGAAAGCCUUCAACACCUAGAAUUGGAUAAUUCUGACAUAACUGUUCUACAUGAGGAUAUUUUUACGAACUUGACGUCGUUACAGACCUUAACAUUUGACGGAAAUCACAUCGCAGAACUGACACCCCGACACCUAUCCGAUCUCUCUUCGUUAUAUGGUAUUUCUAUCAGGAAAAAUGAGAUCAGAAUUAUUGCUACUGAUGUCUUCACCAACAACCCACAUCUGUCAUAUCUGUAUAUAUCCCACAAUCACCUAACCACCAUCCAAGAAGGUACCGUACUCCCUAGGAAAACGUUGGACGUCUCAAACAAUCCUUUCACUUGUAAUUGUGAGUUUGGAUGGUUCGUGAAUUGGCUGGACCAAGCCCAGGUAUCUAUCAUCCACCCUGAACAAACCAACUGUUCACCUGUUUCACCAGCACCCUUUAAGAAUCGGCCCAUUCUGUCAUUUGAUCCCCGAGAGGUUUGUGGCCCUAAAGUUUGGGUCUAUGUCAUCACAACCUUUGCCAUUGUGACCUGUCUCAUGGUUUGUAUAGUAGCGUAUCAAAGACGAUGGUUGAUCAAUUACCGAUUAUUUCAUCUUAAGAUAUUAUUGCUUGGCAGACGAGACGGUCACGAUGGACGAGAGAGGCUCGAUUACGAGUACGACAUUAAUAUCGCAUUCGACGACGAUGACGAGAAGUGGGUGAGGACGGAGCUGAAGCCUGGACUCGAAGAACGGCUUCCGACGUUCGACAGGAUCGUGUGCGGCGACGACGACCUUCCGCUCGGGAUGUUUUACAUCGACGCCAUCACCGAGGUCGUAGAGCACAGUUAUAAAAGCGUCCUCAUCGUGAGCAAUCGAUCCGUUGACAAUCACGCCUUCAUCAACAAGCUCCGUCUCGCCGUCGAUCACAUGAACGAGGUCGAAUUAGAAAAGAUCAUAUUGAUAUUCAAGGAGGAUAUCCCCGACGGGCGAUUGCCGUAUCUAAUCAGACUCUUCCUCAGCAAGAAUAAACCAUAUUUCCGGUGGUCAGAAGAUAAAUACGGACAAAAACUCAUGUGGGGAAAAUUAAUGCAGGAACUGAGAUACAACAAGAAAAUGAAUGAUUUAUUACCUAUCUAAGAACAUUUAGAAUGCACUUAGCAUGAUCAGGAGAGCGUUUCAUAUUCGUUAGUAGCGAUUAACUUUACCAACGACUGGUGAUUGUCUUCCAUGAUAAAUGAUACACACCAGAUUCUCACUGAUGUUGAUGUAGUUCCUAGUAGAUGGAUUACCAGUCGCAUGUAAAGUCGCUCGUAACACUUACGAGCAGCUUUAUGAGACACCCACCAGAAUGAUAAAAGUGCCUGAUGGUGUAAUUCAUUUCGAUAACUGUCUUUUGCACUGUAGAAACUGUGGUGUUAAAACUGACACUGGUUGGUGUUAAUAGAGGACCACACCCUGUGUUGUUAAAAUUACAUAACACCAAAGAGUGUCGAUGUAACAACCAAAUGUGUUAUAAUAACACCUAUACACCAAAGAGUGUCGAUGUAACAACCAAAGGUGUUAUAAUAACACCUAUUUAACACGCGAGUAAAAUUAAACUGAUGUGGUCCUCGAUCUAUGUGCAACGGUUAACACCACAGUCUCUUCUGUGUGGCACUUCUAAAGUUUGAAUACUAACUCUGAUUUGACAGUAUUACAAUCUCAAAAAUUUAUAUUGAUGAAUUUGAGAGUAUUGUGCCAAAUACAAGAAGAUUUAUUAAAGGAAUGAAACGAAUUUAUUGGUGUGUCGUUAAUGUUACAAAUGGCAAUACAUUUUUCCCAUUUAAGACUCGAACGUAUAACAUUUCCUAAAAUAACGAUGCAUGAGCCAUGACGGACCACGGAGUUCUUAAAUCCAUAUGCAUGAAAUCGGAAAAAUGUUGCCUCAAGGCCGGCAUCAACUCAAUUCAUUUUCUAAAUUUAUUAAAGCGGUACUCCGGGCUGGAAAUAUCUAUAUCCAAAAUAAAAAUGAUAAAAUUCACAGAGCCAAACGCUGAAAAUUUCAUCAAAAUCAGAUUACAAAAAAACGAAGUUAUUAGAUUUUAAUGUUUGGCAAUAUUUUUAGAAAAUAGUUAUAUGCACGUCAUCCUAAAUAUUCAUUAGGUGGCCUGAUGAUGUCACAUUCCCACUUUCCUUUUUCUUAUGUUAUUACAGUAAAUCAUAAUUUUUUCAUAUUUGUGUGAAUAAUGUGUUUCCUUUAUAAUAAAGAUGCAGCAAUGAUGCACUAAAUCAGUCGUCAAUCCAAUUUUUUCAGUUCUUUGUAGAAAAAAAUCAAAUAAACUUAAUCUCUUAUAAUAAAAUAAAAACGAAUAAGUGGGGAUAUGAUAUCAUCAGUUUGCUCAUUGAAUAUUUAUGAAGACAUGCCUAGAACUGAUAAGAACUGAUUCACCGGAAUAAUGCAAAACUUUAAAAUGCCAUUUAUUCCUAGUUCGACUUUGAUCAAAUUGUAUUAUUAUCAACCCGGAGCAUAGACUGAUAUACAUGCAAUGUCAUAUCGAAACUCCUUGGCCCCAUCUUACAAAGAGUUACGAUUGAUCGAAUCAUUCGUAACUCUAUGGAAA